AUGGUCGUCAAACUCCUGCAGCACGAGCACGGCAAGGGCCGCGUGCGCCUGCUCAAGGUGACGCGCACGCCCGAGAAGCACUCGGUGGUGCAGCUGGAGGCGCAGGUGCUGCUGGAGGGCGCGCCCGCCGCCAGCGCCUACUACGACGGCGACAACGGCCACGUGCUGCCCACCGACUCGGUCAAGAACACGGUCUGGGUGCUGGCCAAGAAGCACGAGUUCGCGUCGCUCGAGGACUUUGGCGUCAUCCUGGCCACGCACUUUGUCACCAAGCACCCGGACAUGAUCAGCGUGGCCAAGGUGAAGCUCUUCGAGACGCCGUGGGAGCGGCUCGUGGUGCCGGACUCCAAGGGCCAGACGCGCGCGCACCACCACGCCUUCGUGAGCGCCGGCGCGGGCUUCUCCACCGCCUAUGUGGUGGCUCGCAAGUCAUCGCGCGGAGCCCCCGAGGUGACCGUGCAGGGCGGCGUGGACGGCCUCAAGGUGCUCAAGACCACGCAGAGCUCCUUCGUCGACUUCUUCCGCGACGAGUACACGACGCUGCCGGACGUGCCCGACCGCCUCGUCAGCACGUGCGUCACGGCCGCGUGGAGCUACACGCCCGGCGCCGGAGACUUCGCCUCCAGGGCGGCGGAGAUCAAGCGCGUGCUGCUCGAGACGUUCGCGGGCCCGGCGGACGUGGGCGUGCCGAGCCCCGCCGUGCAGUUCACGCUCUACAAGAUGGGCGAGGCCGUGCUGGAGGCGUGCCCGUACGUCAAGGACAUCAAGAUCACCAUGCCCAACAUCCACAACAACCCCAUCGACCUCUCGCGCUUCGGCUGCAAGAACAUCCACCCGCACGGCGAGGUCUUCCUGCCCAUCGACGAGCCGCACGGCAUCAUUUCGGCCACGAUGGUGCGCUCGACCUCCAAGCUCUAG